AUGUCGGACGCUCCUCCUAGACCACCCGUCCCUGUGUCAAUUCAGAGGGUGAAGGCUCUGCUCCGACUGCCAAUCCGCCUCUCCAUUCAAGAUGGUCGUAUUUUUAUAGGUACCUUCGCGGGAGUAGAUAAGCAGCUCAAUAUCCUCUUGAUCAACUCGGAGGAGUUUCGCAUCGGAGCAGAUUAUGUCGAUGGAAAUCCGAACGGACGGUUUGUAGGACAGGUCAUGGUGCCUUGGAGGUUGGUGGUGAAAGUUGAAGCGUCUGUGCCUCCUGAGAGUAGGAGCGCUGCUGCGAUGGGUGAUGGCGAUGAGCUCUAUGCUUGA